CGGUCUGCGGAUCAAUACGCGGCAGCCUCGCCUACUCCCUGCUGUGGCCGUGGCGACUCGUUCAGCGCUCAGCGGCAGACGGCAGUCGUGCUUGGAUCGUGGCGUGGCUGGGAUCGGGGUGAAGUGUUGGUCUUUCUGUGUGUGUUGUCAGUGUCGGCCAAGUGCCACAGUGCCUAGGCAUGUCCUCCUCCUCAGAUUCCCGCCUGGCUCCUUUCACAGAAUGAUGCUUCUUCAACCAACCGCCCGAGAUUGCGGCUCGAUAGCACGAAUUCUUGGAAUACUACUCCUCCAGAGCCGAUUCGAUCAUAGUGUCAACGGAGUUUAGUGGAGAGCCUAUGCAACAUCGAAAUGGAGGCGACAACGGAGGAGCCAGGCCAACUACGAAAGGCACUGGAGUGGGAGCUGAGUCUGGACUCGCGCGACCUGCGCUCGCACGCCUGGUACCACGGCGCGAUUCCGCGGCUGCGCGCCGAACAGAUUGUGGCGCGCGACGGCGACUUCCUAGUCAGGGACUGCGCCUCGCAACCCGGCGACUAUGUGCUCACCUGUCGCACCAACACACAGUGUCUGCACUUUGUCAUCAACAAGGUGGUUAUAAGGCCGGACACUGUAUAUGAAAGAGUACAAUACCAAUUCGAGGAUGAUGCUUAUGACACAGUUCCAGAUCUCAUAACAUACUACGUUGGUAGUGGUAAACCGAUCUCGGUUAUGUCAGGAGCCAAAAUAUGGAAUCCACGGAACAGAAUGUAUCCGCUGUCAUUCUAUGCAAGCAAGUACUCGAUGCAGAUGCAGAUGCAAGGGGGUGGAGGCGGUGGUGGAGGCGGCGGAAGUGGCAGGAGUUCGCAGUCAGUGUCGCCACUGGCCUCUCCACUGGCAGGCACGCUUCGCAGCAUGCCAACGCAACACAGUCCGGCGCACUCGCCGCCCAGAUCAAAGCGCGACGUUCCUCCUCGACUUCCAAGCAAAAAGCAGCGAAGUCAGUCUCUCACACCUUCUGAGGCGAAUGGCCGCACUCCUCUCCCCAACAUUCACCGGAACUCUGUCGAUGACAGGAGUAACAGUGCUGAUGGUGUUAUCUCUUCUGAGCCUCUUGCCGAACCCCUCACAUGCACUACAUUCGUUUUAAAUGGAAGUAAGUUCUCCACAAACUCUCUACCAAGAGGGUCUGGGAUCUCUUCCACCAAAUCAUCAGGCACAAUUUGUCCUGGUGGUGCUACCAUGCCCAGAGGUUCCAAAAUUGUUAGAGUUACUAGUGAUCCAGCUUUAAGUCCUUGCCUAGAAAGAAGAAGGUUCGGAGUCAAUGAUUCUCCUAGUGGGCAACAGAGUGGCGAGACUCAGGAAAACGACUCCAAUGAACGCCCACCGCCAAAGCCAAGCCGGCUACCUGGACUUAUACGAUCUACAUCAAGAGAGUCAAGCCGAUCUACUUCUGCUGAAGAUAACAGGCCUGACAGUCAGCAAGGAGACAACACACCAUACCCUGCUGGAACUUUCCAGAGAGUUGUCUCCUAUCAUGCUUCAGGAAGUGAUUCAGGGAAUGGGUCAGGCGACUCUGUGCAAAGCUCAGCUGCAGGUGAUGGCUCCGAAUCAACCACUAUGCCACCUCGAAUAGCAGGAGUUGUGAUAAAAAAUCCAAGAUUUUACCACCAAUCAUCACCUCAAGGUAUUCCUGCAUCUUGCUCGUCAUCAACCUUGAAAGCUUUCGACUACGACUCAGCAAUUGAGGACGUAUCCCUAUCGACUGAAAUACCUGAAAUUGAAACGCACACCAUGUUUGAUCUGGAAAAUUUUCAAACACUUUUGCUUCCAACACUCGAAAACAAGCCCCUCGAUGCUACAGCAUUGAAAGGUGUUAAAAUGAUGCUACAAGAAACUGGUUCCAGAAUACUUGCCAAUCACCUCACAAGAAUAGACUUGGAGUUGACGAUAGGUAGUGCGGACAGUAGCGCAAAAUUCUGGAAUGGAAAUCCUGGUUUGCGGAUAACAUCUGGAGUGGAAAUUCUAUCACUACCUUUGGGUCAUCAAUUCCGAUUGGAUCUAAUAGAAAGGGUUCGUUGUUUGAAGCUGUUGGUAGCUGUGACGAUUCUCACAUGCAACACAGAGAGUGAACGAGCUGAAGCCCUGAACAAGUGGAUACAAGUGGCUAUUGACACCAAGACUGCUCUGGGCAACCUGUUUGGCUUCAGCAGCAUAAUGCUAGGUCUUUGUAUGCCUCAAAUCCAGAGGCUCACGUCAACUUGGCAUAUUUUGCGGCAGAAGUUCACUGACAGUGCUUUCAACUUUGAAGCGAAGCUAAGACCUACGUUGAAAAGCAUGAACGAAAGUACAAAUCCACAGGCUCCUAAUACUACCAUUCCACACAUCUUACCUUACAUACUUCUACAAGAGAGAUCUUUGGAGGAUAUCCUUAGCACAGAUACGAGCAGCAAGUCGAGUCUGGAGUUGAGCUGCCUGACGCCAUGGGAGACGACAGCGGCGGACGCGGGUCUGAGCACAUUACUGCUGCACGUGGAGGCGGCACGCAAGUUCAGCAGCUCGAUCGCCAUGCUCAGGCGCAACGCACAGAUUGUGCUGGGCGACUCCAAGGUGGACGACCUAUUGCUCGACAUGUUCCGCACCGAGUUCCAGCUCAAGUUCCUGUGGGGCAGUCGCGGCGCCGCCGUCGCCUCCACCGAGCGGCACCACAAGUUCGAGCAAGUGCUCACCGUCAUGUCACUCAAAUGCGAGCAAGCCACUGCGCCGGCGCAGCCCAGCCCGGCGUCACAGCCCUACAACGCCGCCAUAGGAACCAGUGUUUGAACGCUCAAUUCACCUGAAAGUCAUUACGUUUCGAUGCGUGUAGACUUGAAAGCCACAAGCAUGUGCAGUACAGUUUUCAUCAGCUGAUACUAUUGGUAUCUUACUGUUACUGUACAAAUACAGGUAUAUACGCUUAGCAACAGCUGAUGAGUAGUGAAAUACGCGUGUUUGUGACGCUCAAAUCUGUACGCACCUUUUUGAUAAUAUUGUCGAUACCGGUACCAUCCUCUUCAAAACUGACUUGAAGGCACACUAUAUUAUAGUAGUUUUGAAGUGGUAAUAAUAACCAAUAAUCAAUAAGGUAUGUUACUUCAGUUUCGUUCCAUAACAAUGUUUAAGGAGCCUCGAAUCUUUUAACAUGCAAAAUAUUUCAACUUUGUAUUUACCAUUUAUAUUGCGUUCUCACAAAAUUGAGAAUUAUUCCUUUUGAAAAUCUUGUCUUCCGUGCAGUAAUAUUACAGAAGUUUGGUGUUAUUUGAGGUAAUGGCAUAGAUGUCCAUUAUUUUGAUGUUGGUGACUGCCUACUGUUGCUAACUUCUGCUAUGAUAAUAAUUUGCAAAUAAUUCAUUUUUAUUGAUUACCGUUCUCCUUUUGCUUCUCAUAAUUUGUAGAUAAUGUUUGAGCAUAUUUUUAUUGACGGAAAAAAUAGCAUUUAGUACACCCGUGUAGGCCUACCAGUAUACUGGAAACUUACACCACAGUUUCUUAUUACAGCCAGUGUCUUUAAACUAGUAGUUCUGUGAACAGUAGACCUCGCGCUCAGUAAGUUACAUUGAUCUGUUGUUAUGUUUUCUCAAAAAUUAAUAAAUAAUUUAUCAAUUUAAGAUGUCUAGAAAAAAUCCUAAAUAAAUAUAGAGCUUUCUGUCCUAUCGUACCGUGACGUGUCGUCCCGGAAUGUGAUUGUGAGCGCUGUUAUCAGGUCUGGCUGCAACUGUCUACAACGUUGUAAAGAUACAAUUUCCAAGAUGUUCGAUGUUUUUGAACGGAUAGUACUGUAUUAUAGUCAAAUGUCUACUAACGUUGAUGGAAAGAUAAAUUUUCAAGAUGUUUGAUGUAUUUGAACGGGUAGUAUUAUAGUCCACUAGACAACUGAUUUAUGAUGAAUAAUUCUAUAGUCUGAUUUUUACGGUAAUAUUGGCGUAUGAAGGAGGCUCCUUUUUCCAUUUAUAUUAUCCUUGAAAUGCAAAAUUUCCAAAAACCUUGUAUAUACGUCGACGCGCAAUUUAAAAAGGAACAUACCUAUCAAAUUUCAUGAAAAUCUAUUACCGCGUUUCGCCGUAAAUGCGCAACAUAUAAACAUUUAAACAUUAAGAGAAAUGCCAAACCGUCGACUUGAAUCAUAGACCUCACUUCGCUCGGUCAAUGAGCACCACAAUGAAUCAAUAAGCAUAUGAAAAUUUCAUACCUAUGAAAAUGAUCCAAAAAAGAUCCACUACAACUAGUAACCGUUGAACAUGGAACCUGAAAUACAAACAUAAUAAUAUCAUGACCAGCAUGUAUUGAUGUUGGUACCUAAACAGCACAAACAAGUUGAAAAUCAAUUGGAAGCACAAUUUUCCCUCAAUAAUAAUAAUGUUGUUUUGAGAUGUUCGUAUUUUUCAUGUAUGAUAAUUCAGGCUGUGAUACUUUGGAUUAUAUUCAUGAAAGUUCUCUUUAUUGGCUUCAGCCAAUCAUGACAUUCUCAAGUGCGAUGUAAUAUGAUUAGGAAACUAGUUGUAUUUUUGAAAUAUCAGUAAAACGGUACCGGUACCGUUAGCCUUUUCAAUUAAAAAAGUAUUAAGCAUCUCUAUGAAAAUGAAGAAUAUGGAACAACUAAUUAUACUAAUACAAUAUGUAUCUACUUGAAAGAAAUAACAUAUAAUUAGCUAACAUUCCAGAUACGGUAUCGUAUACAGUACCUAUAUAGUUUUUAAUCUGGAGCAAUACUCAGGGAAAUAACCCCGCAUCAUUUUGAACAUUUUGAUGGUUACUGAACGUAACAUAACGAUUAGCUGUAUGAAUUUUUACAAUAGUACUUUUUAUGGUCAUAUUCUUUUGUGAAUUAUAUAUUUCGUUAUUUCUUCUUUGGCAUCUUUAUUAUAAACUAAUGCUCAUUACUUACUACUGCUAAAAUAUAAUCUAAAAAUCAUACAUUAUUUGCCAAGAUCUUGAAUAUAAAGGAGUGGAACAUUUUGUUAGCUUUACUAUGUGAUUUCGGGCUCUGCCAUUUUUGAGCAACCUUGAUAUUAUGAAUUUAGAACAUUGUUAGGUACACUAACUUCAACAAGAACAGCAGUGGAAGCUUGUUAACCUGAAAAUUGAAUUGAUAGAUAUUAAACUCUUCAAAAUAUAAAUGUGUUUUUCUAAUAUUUUACAGUAUCAACAGUGGAAUAAAUACUGGAUGUAAUGUAUAUAGCCUAAUACUGGAUGAGUUGUAUUUGAAAAUGCACGAUUUGUUAUCGUAUAAGGAGAAUGUAGAAAAGAAGAUGUACAUAAGUAUCUGCUAUUGUAUUUUUAAUUUGUAGUUGAUUAGUUUGAUAAUCUUUCCUUCUUGACAUCGAGAGGAAUUAGUCUAACAUUUAUAAGCUUGUGUAUUCUAGUCAAUUAAUAAUUUUAACUUCUAUGCAGCAAUUCGUUUUUUAUUAUCACUCAAAAUAUUUUAAAAUCAAUUAUAAGAUUUGUUCAAGAAAAUUUUCUAUAUUUGUCUAGUAAUUUAUUUUCUUUUAAUUAUUCUUCAUAUGCUCAUGCAUACAAAUAUUUCAUUUUCAAUUCCUUAGUGUGUCAACUAUGUAAGAAAAAAGUGAAAAUAUUAUCGUAUUGAGAUACUAAAGGAAAAUCUAGGAAUUCGUAGAAUAUUAUUUACAAAUCUGAAAUGAAAUGAAAAUGCCAGAUCCUUUCUGUAACCCAUUCAGUGUCGACCACUAUUCGAAUUUAUAUUGAUUUUCUUCGUUGGCUUUAUAAUAUAUGCUGUAACAUAAUAUUGGAAUGAAGUCGAUAGAUUCGUAACCUAAAGAUUGCAGGAAAUUUUUUUCAGAAGUUCGUCAUUCAAGAAACAUUCAAUGUUGCAAAUAUGCAAAUUAAUCGAGGUGGUAAUGUAAAUACGGUUGUUCAGCUUUUAUUAUUCUAUGAGCUGAAUUAUUACUAAAGUAAAAAAUAUGACAGUAUGGACUCACAUUAAGAGUAUUUACAAAGCUUUUUAUAAAAGUUAUGACUAAUAAUUGGAUGUGAAGCUAAACUGAAUAAGUAGUCUGACUCUGAGUUGAUCGAUUCUCAACAGUGAAUAAUCCAGAUCAUUGAGCAUUUUAAUUAAUUUUAUGAAAAUAACUGAAAUUACCUAUUUGAAUAUUCCAAUAUAGCGAAUUACCUACUAGAUUCCGUUGGGAUACACGUACAAUACACACUGAUAAAAAUUUAUGAAAUAAAUUUCUUGGCUGUGCAAUCAAUUUUAUAGAAUAUUUUCUCUUACAAUACCAUAUAGAUCCUUCUAUUUCAAGUCUUGAUUACCGUACUUUAUAAAAAAACACCUAUUCUAUCAUAUUGACAUUAUUGUAUCUCAGUAAUUCAAACACCCUGACAUUCAAUCUGAUCAUUACUGUCAUCAAUAAUUCAAGUUCAAAAUAUGAUGAGACUAGAUAACUAUAAUAUUAGAAUAUUAUGCUCGUGCUGUUAAAUGAAGAGAAACAUAAUAAUUGAUUAGAAAUAAUAGAUUUGUCUACCAAAUCCUUAUUGAUGCACGUAUAACGGUAAUCAUCUAGAUUUUAUCGCUUAUUUAGAAAUUUUCUUUCCUAUUAUUCAGGAGUUAUUAUGUAAUAAUUGAUAUUAUUAUAUUAUUCAAUAUUUCAAUUGUGAUUUUUAUAAUAUAACUGUGAUUGGUGACUAUUCAUUUUGUAAAUAUGUGAAAUACGUACAUUAUUGUAUAGAACUUUGUAGUAGAUAAUUGUGCAAUGAAUGAAGACUGCCAGAUACUGUGUCUUUGAAUAAAUUAAUAUAAAAGUACGGUAGUAGUUGAUUGUGUAUUUCAAAUAUUGAUUCACAUACGCAUUCCAGACUGAAAUAUAUCAUUUAUUUUUUUUGUUUGAUUCCAAAUAAUUUCUAUGAAUUGUUAUUGUAAAAAUGUAAUAUUUUAAUAUUUCUAGAAUUUGUAGUUUAUUACAAUUUUCAAGUAGCCUAAUAUUUUCAGAUUUUCAGUAACAGUUAUAUUUAGUUACUCAUCAUUGUCGAUUUUCAUUGUGUACUCGUAUCAAGAAGUACUUCAUAGAUUAUAUUUAAAACAACUCAAAGGUGUUAUAAAAAUCAGAUUGCCAGAUUAUUUCUGAUAAAAAUUUUCAUAGUUUCAUUGAUAGCAAUUUGAACAUCAACGAAUUAUUAUAAAACUUACAAACGAUUUUUUAAGCUUAACUUACUGCUUGCGGGCAAUCAGAGUGAUCACAAAUAAAUAACAGAGAUGUACUAUACAGCGGAAGUUGAUUUGAAAUUAAAUUUAACUUAUACUUCAAUAUACAUUCAAUUUAUGUAUGCCAGGUGCUAGAUAAUAGAGCUAUAUAGUAAAAUUUACUGCAAAAAUUGCAAUUAUUGAAAAGAGGUUAGAUUUUCAUUUUUUUAUUGUAAUGAAAGAAGCGGAAUAGAUCUAAGGUUGUGCUAAUUUCGUUGAUCAUUGAGUCAAACAAUUUUUUAGCGAUGAAAUAUAUGUCAUAACUGAGAUGCAUUGAUAUAAAAGUUCAGUAUCGAUUAAAAUAAUAUAAUAAGCAGGGCUGAUAAGAUAAUGUAAUAAUAACUAAUAAAAUAUUUUAUUAUUUUCGAGUUAUUACUGUGAUCAUCAAAAUAUAUUCUAUUUUUUUUACUUCUUAUUGGAAUUGAACGGUAAUGUUUUACAUCACUUUUUCAAUGACACUUAAAAUGUUGAUUUUGAACCUUUUAAAAGAAUGAAUCAUGUCAAGUGUCAAUAUAAUGACUUUCACGUGAAUAUUUAUAUCAAGAAGACUAUUUAGAGCUUGAUUCGUAUACCCAAAGUAUUGGAAUUUCAUGUUUUAGGGAUUUCAUUUUUAAUCUGUUCUUCCAACAUUUUUUGAGGUUUAUCGAACUGUAGGUAGCCUAUUAUAUAUAUAUAAAUAUAUAUCAGCAAUAUUACCUAUAAUAAUACAUUGUUAGAAUUACUGUCUUCUUUCAUAGAUAGCAUGUAUUAAAUGAAUAAAAUUAUACUAAUUCCGAUAUUUAUAAUUUCUUAGGGGAUAUUCCAAACUCAUUUCAAGGGAGAGUGGAUGAUACAAUGAAAUAUUUCAAAUACAAAUGUAGAUAGCCAAUAACAGAUUAGGAUGAAUACGAGAUAAAUGGGACCAUUUGAGGAUGAUCGAAUGAUCCAAAUAUGAUACUACUUUCUGCUUACUAAUGUGUAAGUUGAUAAUAAAAAUAUAGAAUUUAGAGAUUAUUGGUUUUUUCCUAAAGUAGUAUAAGAAGUAAUUUUGGUGACUCACUGUUUCAGGAACAUCAUUAACCGCCAAUAGCGGCCAUGCAUAGAGGAAAUUAUCAUUACUCUUUUAGGGAAAAAUAUCAAAUAUCAUUCACCUACUUCACAUUGCAAUUUCUCCCCACUUCUAUCAGUCCUGUUCCCUUACAAUCUAACAUUGACAAUAUUAUUGUCGUCCAUAUGAAAUGUCCUUUCAAGUUUUCUGGGCUAAUAUACCAAAAGUGUACGGUACCAUUAAUUUCUAGAAUUUUAUCCUCAUGUUUGUGAAUCUGGUAACAACUAUAUAUAUAACAUGAGAAAUUGCAGGCCUUCAACCAUUAACAUAUGUAAUGAGCUAAAAAGUCUUCUUAUUUCAAUCCUAAUAAGACCCCGAACCAAAAUAUUUAGACUAAUUAUUGUAAUCAACUCAAUUUUGAAACAUAAAAAAUAGUGAGGACUGGAAAUUCUCAAGAUACUCUCAAAGCUUGAACUAUCAACAAUAACUCACAGUUGAAAUAACAAAAUUAAUAACUCUGUUCAAAAUAUGAUAUUGAUGCCACAGAUCAAACACAACAAAAAUAUGAUUCUUUGAAAAUUCUUAAAUUCUUAGAAAUCCCAAACUACGCUUCGAAAAUGAUGAAAUCACCCAAAACAGUAACACAUCUUAGCCUAACCACAGAGAAAAGAAGCACUACUUCUGGUAUGCUUAUUCCGUGACCUAACUCAUUUCGAUGUAGCCUAAAUUACGAAAACUCAUAAUUAUAAUAAAAACUUUGAAAAUAAUGUUAAUUCCAUGCAUUCCAGCUGAAUCGUUCUGUAGUUGGUUGCAAUUUAGCAUCAUUUUGCAACCGUAAGAUGAUAUCAUAAUUCAAUAGAAAAAUACUUGAUGAAUUAACAGUUUCACGUAAGUAUUAUAAUUUAUUCACUUUUUGUACUAAGUGGGAAAAUCUACUGCCUAAUAGACGAGGUUGUGUACUUAUAAAAAAUUGUAAAAUUGAACUGCUUAUAAUAUUAAAUAUAUAUAAUAAAAUAAUUCAUAAAUACAAUAAAACAUUGUUCAACAGCAUGAAUAAUAAAAUAAUCUUUGAAAUAGUGUUAUGAAUAGCUUAAUAAUUAUAUACUUUUUGUAGCAAGUACGUUUUAUAAUAAUGAACCUUGUCAUUUGAUGUCUAAAAAUAUAAAUAUAUAAUUGAUUGUUGA